UAUUUGUUAUUUUGCCGGGCUCGAGCCGUGUGAGGAAACUGGUUGAAAGCGCGUGCUCACAGAGCGGGUGAGUGCGUUUAUAGAGUUGAUUUACUCUGUGUGUGUGUGUGUGUGUGUGUGUGUGUGUGAUCUGCAGUGAGGAGCUGAGCUGUGACUCUGAACUGAACACUCAUCCGCUCCUCACACACCUGGAGGACGAGGUCACGUGUCCACUCUUCUCUCUCUCAGGUGUUACGACGAGCUGCAGGUCCACAUGAACACCACACACACACCUGAGUGUGGGACAGGGACGGGGACGGGGACGGGUGUGUUCGUCUCCUCAGAGCCUCGUGGGGGGGUGAAGAAGCUCCUCCCCUCACCUGGAGAGUCUCCGCCUCCUGAACACAGACACCUGGCCACGCCCAGUACAGGAGCAGUGUAUGUGUGUCCCAUGUGUGACGUGGUGUGUGAGGACAGUCGUUCUCUACAGGAACACGUGGAGCUUCACCUGGACUGUAACACUGCAGGGGAUGAUGUUUUUGGAGACCUGCGAUUGGCUCAGCAGCUACAUGAGGAAGAUGAGCGGAAGAGGAAGGAGGAAGAGGCGAGGCGCGAGGCAGAGGAGUUCGCACAGCUUCAGAGGCAGUUCGGGUUGGAUGACGGCGGUGGUUACCGUAAGCAGAUGGAGACGAGUCUGCGGCGAGCCGUGUCCCGAGGUCACGUGACUCCAGCCGAGUUUCACAUGAAGAGAGUGGAAAUGAUGGAGACGCUCGCCACGGGCCUGGACGACGGCCGAACCAGGACCACAGGACUGCUGUCAGCGCUGUAUCAGUUUUACCAGCGUGAUAUUCGGGACGUGUCCCGCGUCUGGCUGUGUGCUGAAGCCGAACACUUCUCCUCGUCAGACGGAGACCGCGGCUGGGGCUGCGGCUACAGAAACUUCCAGAUGCUUCUGAGCUCGUUACAGAGACUGGAACCGUACACCUCACUACACACACUGCCAGACUCGUUUCCCAGCAUCCCGCGGGUGCAGGCUCUGAUCGAGGCGGCGUGGGCGGAGGGCAUCGACCCCCAGGGCGCGGCUCAGUUUAACAGGAAACUGCAGGGCACUCGGGCCUGGAUCGGGGCCACGGAGAUCUACGCUGUGCUUACCUCGCUCCGACUGAGGGCGCGCAUCAUAGACUUCCACCAGCCCACCGGUCCCGGACACACACACCCUCGACUCCUCCAGUGGGUCAAGAAUUAUUUCUCCCUCCCGUCCUGCGCAGGUGACCGAACGUCACCCAGGGUCGUGAAGACAAACCUGCCACCGAUCUACCUGCAGCACCAAGGACAUAGCCGCUCUAUAAUUGGCGUGGAGGAGAGGAGGAACGGCAGUGUGUGUGUGUUGCUGUUCGACCCGGGCUGCUCUCCAGGUGACAUGAGGAAGCUUUUAGGUCCAAACGCAAGCCCCACCCAGUUUAAUCGCCUGCGCAAAUUCCCCGCACACCUGAAACACAAGCAGUACCAGGUGGUGUCGGUGGAGGGAGUGCUGCGUGAGGACGAGAAACAGGAGCGUGUGAUAAACUCAAGAACGUUGCAUGCUGAAAGAAUUCCCUGAUGAUCCUAAAGUCAGUGUGUUAAAAUAAAACACGCUGAACAUGUCCAUAUGUUUUGAGUGAAUGUCGUGUAUUUUAAUCAAAUAAUAAACUAUUAUUUUUACUUUGUA